AUGUCUGCCCUACAAUCCGAAAAAUUCGCACAGCUUACAUCCCCUAAAGCAUCAUCGAAUGAUUUUCCACAUAAGGCUCUGGUUACAAUCCAAACAAAUAAACUCUGCAUCGAAGAAUAUUUUGAACUUCCGUUGAACAAAACAGACUGGCGAUCCAAGGAAGUGGUGAAAUACGACAUUUGGUCCAAAUACUAUCAGUUUGGGGGAGACACUGAGUCAUUCAAAGCAGUUUCUGCAAGAGGAGCUGAUGAAAUCACGAUAGAGGUUCAGUUGAACUGUGCGAAAGGAAUAUUCUGUGUAGCUGCUUGGAGUAAGCUGCAACGUGAGAAACCUUAUUCAGAGGCCAAACCACUUCGCCAAAAGAAUAUGACUCAACUGGGACAGCAUGUGAGAACCAAAAGGUACCAAGUAGUCUGUACAAGGCGAAGAAAAGUUCACGGGGACUUUAAACUGAGAUAUCCUGAGAAAGUAGUGAAGAGAAAGAGGACGUCCAAACGAAGCAAAGACACAAAAGACGGUACGACUUGCGAGAAGAUUGAUCGAACCUUGAGGUUCUCUUAUCAACAGAAAAUCACACAAAAGGUUCCCCGCCAAAGGUUUGUUUACAAGCUGAGUAAACACUCAAGCAACAUUGAACCAGAAAUGAGCGCUUCUCGCCGAUCUAAAUCAUCACCAUUUGACAGCCACGCUGGAUUCUCUUCCGUAAAUUCGUUAAGCUCCACUAUUUCGCCUGUGGGGAAGUCGUCGCACCAGUCAGUCAUGCCUCUGUCUCACUGUCCUCGCUGCUUAUGUCCAAGGUUUCUGUCUGCAACUAAAUCGAGUGGAGGUAACGGAAGGAUAAUGGUUAGUGGGCGCCCAUCACAGAAGGAAGCGGAUUUACCUCUUCUUCCAGCUUCGGCGCGUUCAAUCCCCGUAUCCGUCAUUCAGAGGAUCAGUUUUUUAUGAAAGACUCAAUUCUUACAAUAACCAACGUAUGACUAAUGUUCUUUAGCCGAAACUUUAACCUUCUUGAUGAAAUUUUGCAGUAAACAAUCGUAAUGACUAAAAAACUUUUUUUAAAAUUAUAAAUAAUAAAUUUAAUUUCUUCACGUA